AGACACUAUUCCAACGAUCCCAGCCACUACCCCGGGUAUGUCUAUCGGCACAUUUACAAUACAACGAUCGACGUGCAUGGGUCCCACGAGGCUAAUUCCUUCCGGUUCCCUUUAUCCAUCGAACAUAGAGUCUCAUAAGGAAGAUCCCCAAUCGCCACAUUGCUCCUUUGGCCGAAGCCAUGGGCGCGAUCGGUUAACAAUCAAGUACGCCACGUUUCGCAGCUUCACAUCGAACACCACUACCGAUAUGCACUGCUAUGCAGGAUAAUGCGACUUCCGAUCCUCUCAUAUCAGUCGAGACUACUGGGGAGGAGUAUCAACAAUGCUGGCGUGGCGACAGAUCGGCCAAAUACUCGGAAGAAGUCGUUCUAGGCUCACGCGCGGAUGGACGUCUCCGCUCUUUUCCCCUCGGGCUAAGUAUUAGUAUUGGUGUCAAAGCAGCUAAAUACUGCAGGCGGUAGGUGCAAAAACAUAUGCUGAGCCCCGUUUAGCCCAAUAUCGAUGUCGACGCUGACAUCUGGUCCAAGACCAUCAUCAAUAUUACGAGACAAGGUGACUGCCACCGGCUGAGGACCGGGACGAGACAAGAUUUCCAUUGCCACAUUGUUUGAUGAAAGAGAGACACAGACCUUGAAAAAGAGCUACCAUGGCCAUUCAGCCCGAAGAACUCGCCAUCCCCAUCAUCGAUCUCGAGCCCAUUCGCUCGGGGACUCCUGACGAGGCUCGCGAGACGGGAAAACUGGUCUACCAGGCGUUUCGAGACGUGGGCUUUGCGUACAUCAAGAACCACGGACUGCCCCAGGAACUCUUGGAUCAGGCGUUUGACUGGAGCUCCAAAUUCUUCGCGCUCCCACAGGCGGACAAGGACAAGGCGCCUCAUCCCCCCUACGGGUGGUGGCACCGGGGAUACUCUGGGAUCGGGCGGGAGAAGGUGGUGCAGAUGGUGUUUGACCAGGCCUCGAUCGACCAGCUACGCAAGUGCCCGGACUUCAAGGAGUCGUUCGAGCUGGGCCGCGAGGACGACGAGCGCACCCCGAACAUCUGGUUCCCCGAGGAGGUUCUCCCCGGCUUCCGCCAGUUCAUGACAACCUUCUUCGACACGUGCUACGGCACGGCGCUGAGCCUGCUGCGCGCCAUCGCGCUGGGGAUGGACCUGCCCGAGGACUUCUUCCGCGAGUACCACACCAAGAAGGACAACCAGCUGCGGCUGCUGCACUACCCGCCCGUCGAGGCGGAGCUGCUGCGCGGCGGGGCCAUGGAGCGCAUCGCCGCGCACUCGGACUUUGGCACCAUGACGCUCCUGUUCCAGGACGCGGUCGGCGGGCUCGAGGUCGAGGACGUCCACGUCAAGGGCCAGUUCAACCCGGCGCCCUACGUGCCCGGCACCGUCGUCGUCAACAUCGGCGACUUCCUCCAGCGCUGGAGCAACGACACCCUCAAGUCCACCCUGCACCGCGUCCGCGCGCCCCCCAUGGCCCACGGCAUGACCCGCGCCCGCUACUCGAUCCCCUACUUCGUCACCGCCGACCGCGACCGGACCAUCGACUGCAUCCCCGGCUGCUACAGCGCCGAGAAGCCCAAGAAGUACGACCCCAUCAACGCGAGGGAGUAUAUCGAGAUGAGGUUGAACGCGACGUAUUAGUUGAGAUCAACAGAUUGAGCAUAGCCAAAGUCUGACAUCUCCUCGAUAGCAUGGAGACGGAGAGGUAUUAAAAUAUAGCCAUGUCGAAGAGAAAUACCCUUGCAAAUUUACAAUGAUAUAGCUUUUGUUUUUUACGUGUUAAGAGAGA